AUGUCUUUCACUGAAGCUCCCUCCUCCUCGUGCCACUGCCGGUGGGGUACUGCGUCAUGCAAUCUGUAUUCAAAAGAUCCCUUUGCCCAAAUGAUUGUAAUCUUUGCUGCUUCGAACCCGCAUGCACCAGCUUUCUUGGAAGCCGCAUUGAUAGAGAAAUUUGGGAGCUGGCAAGGAUGCAAAAAUGAACGUCGGGGAGGAGACACGGUGAAGGAGAUUGACGGUGGACCCUACUUGACAUAUAUUGUUUUCCAAUCGUGGAAACGACCGAGCAUGCAAGUGAGAAGUAGAGCAGACCAGUUGUGA